CAUCAAAACUUUCGUUCAAUAAUUUACUUUAGUUGAGAUAAAAUUCUAUAAUAUAUCUUUAAAAUCUAUGGAAGGAUCACGCGAAUCACUAUCUGAAAGAUUAUCUGGGUUGUUGGCUGCUCUGCGUAGAUCCGGUUCCAGUCAAGAAGGAGGAAGCUCUGCAGUUUCUUCGGCAGCUAAAGGCGAGUCGAGCUCUAAUGCAUCAGAACACAGUUCUACGAAAACUGCGACACCAACAAAAUCGAAAUCUGGUGAUGGUGUGGAAACUUUGCCGGAACUGCUUGAGUUUCUGAGAACUACAUCGAAUCCGAAGCGCCUUCGUGAGGUUGUGGGACGGUUUUUGGAGAAUCCUUUGCUCUCAGAAAAUGAUCGGAAUCUGGUGAAGAGAAAAGUGCAAGAGAAGAUUGAAGAACAGAAAAGGAAAAAGGAAGAGGCGAAGAAGGCACUGAAUACUGAUAGUCCUGCGAGAAGCGAGUCUUCUUCACGGGCUCAAGAAUUUUUGGAGGACUCUCCGCACUCCACUCCAAAGCGGGAGCACAAAUCUCUCGAAGAUGUGCUGCCGCAUACUUCUUCGAAUCCGCUUAUUAGCGCACUUUUGGAUAGAAAGACAGAGGAUGAAGCGAAGCCUGAGGAUGAAGAACAGCACAACGAAUGGGUUACAAGUGAUGUUCCUGAUUUUUCUUCUGCUGGUGUUGCCACACAAAAUGAUCAAGGGGACUCCAGCGGUUUCCCUUCUAGCAUGUUCUCCGUACCACCACCAACGAUCAACCCAUAUGCUGCGCUUCCACAACACAUCUUGUCUGAAAUUACGGCCGGACUAGCAGUUGCUCCUCCAUCAUCGUUCCAGGUCCCACCUCCUAACAUGCUAGCUAGCAUACCACCCCAUAUGGCUGGUUACGCAAACCAAGGAGUCAUCGCAAAUGGUCCAGGUGCAGCAUUGGCGGCAUCUUUGAUGCCUCUAACUAAAAUAACAGUGGAUCGUGAGAAGGACAUGAUUCCCAGGACACCAACACCUCCUCCAACUCCACCCACUCGGAUAAACCUACGAUUACAGCCAGGAGCAAUGGUGCCAGCUUUGAGUGCAACCGGACGUCUAAUCAUGCCAGGUGCUCGAGUGGUAUCAAAGAGACGUCCGCUAAGUCCUAUGCAGAUGAGUGUUGGUGAAAGUGCCGAAAGUGGAGAAAUUCGAAGUGAAAAAGGAGACAAAACGCCGGUGAAAAGAGCUGUCGAUCGUUCCAAAGAGAUGAAUGAUGCAAGGAGAUGCUACAUUCGACAAUAUGCUUUGCGCAACAAAGUCUCCUAUGACGAAGCUGAGCGAGUACUUGUUGAAGAAGAAAAUGAAUUUGAGAAUGCAAAACGAGCAAAGAGAUCUCGUUAUGGAUCCGAGGAUAGAGAAGAAGAAAGGGACUCUUACCGAGACUCUUAUAUUUAUACCAAAGGCUUCGUUCCUUUACCCAAGCAGAAAUUUGCGAAAAACUGCGAGGAUAGUGACUACGUUGACGAAGAUUCACGCGAUCCUCUUGAUGAUUAUGAUCGAGAUGAACCGUGGAUGAGAGAUGAGAGGAUGGCACCGAGGCCAGCGGUGAUGAGACUCCCGGGCCCUUACGAUGAUCGCGACUACCCAGAGCCUUCGUCUGGAAGAGGUGCCGGACUCCCGCGAGAUUUAGGCAGACCAAAACGACGUGGUGGUGGCCGAGGCAGUUCCGCUCAAGACAGAGAAGAAGGGCGGAGAAGGAGAAAGCGAGGCGGAAAGAAACAUAAAAGAGAGAGAAGAGGAGAUAAUGCUAAUUUUGAACCAAUAGGAACCAAUUUCCACGGUUGUUUGUUAGCACAUCACUUGAGCGAAGCGCGAAUAUUCGAUUUGCCCAAAGCUGCCCCUACUGCUCGAAUUAUCAAAUUAUCCACAUUACUUCGUAAAGGAAAACGAAGCGGUGGAGAUGACGAUCUAUUGAGAGAUGCGGCCGGUCCAUUCGACAACUUCGAUGCGUUUGAUCUAGACACACUUGAGCCGUCGUCGGCAGAGGCAAAGCCAUCAAGAAAGCACCAUAAGACAGAUCGGAAAAACAAAAACGAACGAAGUGAAGAGAUCGGCAAUUUCUUUCCAGAAGGCAGAUAA